AUGCGUCCCUACCCAAAGGAAGGGAGAGAAAAGACGGGCCGUACGGAUACUUCACAAAUUCACCCUCGUCGCCAGGCCGUUGCCAUUGAGUCGGUGAAGCGCUCUAUCUUUCUCUUCUUCAUCUCUGCAACAGAGACCGCUACUUGGAGUCAGUCAGUCAUUGACGGACCCACGUUGCUGCAUGACGAGCUCCGUUCGCAUGGCUGGUUUCUUCAUGACCGCCAAAUCUCAAGUCUCAACGCGACCACAACCACGGCAACCGACGACGGUGCAACAUGGAUUAUCGGGUGGUUGGCCCGUUUGAUCUCCCUUCUGCCUAGGAGAUACACAGCUACACGCCCAUCUCUACUUGGCGACACAAAUACGGCCGGCGGAGGCAGUGGUAGAUUGCGGUCACACUUGUUCAAGGUGAAGAUGGAGCACGAGAUUUCCAUCUUCCAAAAUUUCCAACGUCUGACUUGGCGGAUCAUGGCGAAGAGCAACGCAUCUCUUGACCUUCCCAUCUCGGCUCCUGCAUCGCCGGUGGGAGUCGGCCGUCAUUAA